AUGAAGAGCUCUAUCUUGUCCCUUAUCGCUCUGUCCGCCACCGCAGCUUGGGCUCAUGGAGAAGAUGCCGCGAAGGAGAUGGGCGCAGUGGCAUUCAUGUGGCCGCCAGACCGCAAAUGGGGAGAGAAGUAUGAUAACAACGCGCCCUGUGGCUCCAAUACCGGACCAGUCAACAGAACAGACUUUCCCUUGAUCAACGGAAAGUUAGCUCUUGUUGUCCAAGAUGAGUCCUGGAACGUCCAGGUUGCCAUCUCUCACAAGAACAACCCGACCAGCAACGACGAUUUUGAAGCGUUCAUCGAGAAGUCCGAUGUUUCCGAUAUCAAACCCGGUCACGAAUGUUACUCUGUCCCGAAUCCUACCAUUGAUGCCGAAGCAGGGCAAAACGCAACCUUCCAGAUCAAGUACACCAGUAAUAUGGAGACAGACAAGAACGAGACCUACUAUGCCUGUGCCGAUGUGACCUACGUACCUACCAGCCAGUUCACGUACUCGGUUCCUUGCUUCAACGUGACGUCGGAUGAGUUCACCGCUGUAAGUACCACAACAGCGGGAGCGGGAUCCACCGCCACGGCUGGGUCCUCGAAGGGGUCCGACGACAAGAGCAAAGCGGAAUCGGACUCGGAUUCUAGCAGCGGCGGUGGGGGUUCCGGUCUUUCGGGUGGUGCUAUUGCGGGUAUCGUGGUCGGUGCAGUGGCAGGUGUGGCCAUUGGCAUUGCGUUGCUGUUCGGAUACCGGAGACUCUUGCAGAAGUACCGCUCAGCGAGGAACCAGGCUUCUGUCAGGAAUGUGGACUGGGCGGAGAGUGCCAAGGGAGAAGUUGAUCAUACUCCCUUGGGAUUGCGGAAGAUUAGGUGA